AUGGAUUUUUUCAAGAACUACGACUUUGUGGAGCACCGUAUUUUCAACUUUUCACAAUAUCCCGAUUACGUCGAGGAUCUGAGGCAGUAUCGUUGGAAACCAAUAAUUAUUGCGGAAACACUGGCUGAGUUCGGCGCAAUUUGGUACAUGGACAGCUCAAUAGUUUUCAAGAAAAACAAUCUGAGUCACGUUCACCAGUUAGUAAACUGUAGAAGGAAAGUAAUGAAACGGUAUAUUUCGAUAGUACAUAUUCGGUUAUUUGGCACCAUCCCACUUCCUACAACUACAUCGAAAGUGUAG